CCUACUUCCAAACCUGCUCACACAUAUAGAAACCCAGAGACAUCUCUACAUCUUCACAGACAGACACUUGCAGCUUCUCCCCGGUCCCCGUUCAGUAUCCAUGUUCAUGUCAACGAAUUAGCAUAUACCACAAAAACCCUCACCUUUAGCGGUCUCUUAGCAUAUUAGUGAUAUAUGCAUAACAGCCCUAUAUGCACGUAUCAUUCUGCUACUUACCCCAUGUGUCCUGCCGUUUCUGUUUUCCGACCCACUGCCACCGUUGCCGCCUCGUCCUCUCCUCCAUCACUCUCCUUCAAUCAACCCCACCAAACAUUUUCUCAACAUCCCUUACCAAACCACGCAGAUUUUGCACUUUUUCCUCAUUUUCUUCAUCCAGGACUUCUGUCGAACACAUAGACUGUAAUGCUGAAGUUGAAGGAAUAUGGGAUUUUCCCAACUCUGGUGCCGCCACAGCUAAUGUGAACACAUGGUCUGGAGCUGCUAUGCUCACGCUGUUGCUCAGAGCGUUUAUCGCUGAUUCGUAUUUAGCAUUAUCGACGAUCAUCGUUGCUUCGUUUCUUUAUGUUCUGUUUCAUCUAAAUCACCUCAAAGUUGGGGCAGAUAUCAUGAUUCAAAGGGCACCUUAUCAGGUAAAUAAUAAUUACAUGAGUAAGAAAUCUCGAUGUGUGGAACUCAACUUUGGCUUACUUGCUCGAAGACAAGCAUCCAAGGUCUUUAUGCUGACUAUUCUGAAUCAGAAAUUAAUCCCAUGUAUGCUUAAAAGGAGGAUGAAGUUGCGCGUGCGACAAGGGAUAUCAGUUCUGAAGAUGUUUGAAAUUUGGUUCUGAAGAGGUGGAGGUUUAGAAGAAUCUCAAAUGUUCAAUAUAUUGUUCUUGCUCCAUGAAUGGAGAGUUACGAGGCUUAUUUGGCUGAUGGUUCUGAUGAAUUUGCAUCUGAGCAUCAAUCCAUGUUAGAGGAGGUAAGAAAAGCAUUCUAUGCAACAGAAGAGAGUUUUACAUCUAUUGUUCGCGAGCAAUGGCCAAUACAACCACAACUUGCCGCAGUUGGGUCCUGUUGCUUGGUUGGAGUGAUAUGCAAUGGAAAUCUCUAUAUUGCAAAUCCUGGUGAUUCAUGUGCUGUGUUAGGCAGGUUUGUCAAGGCAACAGGGGAAGUUCUUGCUAUUCAGCUUUUAGCGGAACAUAAUACGUGCAUCAAGUCUGUAAGACAAGAGUUACAUUCUGUUCACCCAGAUGAUCGGCGAAUAGCUGUAAUCAUAUGUAAUUCCUGUCUACGGGUCCCGGAUCUAUCUUUCCAAAGUCGACAACUCAAAAAAUGAGGUCCUGUUUUAAAUCCUCAUUAAUUAUGUGGAGAUUUAAGCCUUUCACGCAUAAAGAACAAGCGGGACUUGAAGGACGCGUCGUUGACAUUGGCAAUCUGAAAGUCCACGUCCGUAAUGUCAUUGCUGAGGGAGGGUUUUCUUGUGUUUACCUAGCUCGAGAUGCUAUAAAUGGUCCUAAACAGUAUGCAAUAAAGCACAUUAUUUGCAAUGAUGAAGAAUCCCUUGAAAUGGUGAUGAAGGAAAUCUCUGUGAUGAAAUCACUUAAAGGGCACCCAAAUGUUGUUACUCUAUGUGCACAUACCAUAAUGGACAUGGGCCGCACAAAAGAGGCUCUUCUUGUGAUGGAGUAUUGUGAGAAGUCUCUGGUUAAUGUGCUUGAGAGUAGAGGGGCUGGUUACUAUGAGGAGAAACAGAUACUUGCUAUUUUCAGGGAUGUGUGUAAUGCAGUCUUUGCUAUGCAUUGCCAGUCCCCGCCUAUUGCUCACAGGCAGGGAAGCUGAUGAGCAAUAUAGAAUCAGAGGAGUGAGGACACAUAAGUUAAAUUAACCAAACUAAUGGCAAUCCAAGUAGUUGAUUCUCAAACUCUGUCUUGACAAAUACUAUUACGAGCUCUAUAUUGUGGUCGGAUGCACAUCUGUGGCCACCAAUGUGUGAGGUUCUGAGAGCUCUGCAGAGUUUUUAAUUCAACUUCUCACCUUUCAGAUAUAAUGUUCCUGCUUCACGUAGAGUGUUUGAUAUGAUUUAUAUGUAACUUUUGGACAAUGACUAUGAAAUGUUGCACUUUGUACAUACACCUGGUUUUUGGCAUUUUGGUUCUAGAAUAGAAUGUGGUUUGAGUAUGGGGAUAAAACAUGAACAUGUGGUAAAAUUGCGUCAGAUUUGGCUUGAGGAGAAAAAAAGAACAUGUAGAAGAGUAAUAUUAGGAUUGAUAUUAUGUGUAACUUUUGACUGUUGUGGGUGUAACUUUGGCCACGGGAUAAUAUUAGGACUGAAUAAAUAGAGAUGAAACUAUCUGAGAGUUAUCAUUUGUCUUCUAUUACAAUAAAAUAUCAUUUAUCAAAAUUAAAAUUGUCAUUUAUUUGUGUCAGGAGUUACUAAAAAUUUAUAAUAUAUUAAUAUCAUUAAAAGUCAUAUUUAACUUUUUGAAAAACAACGAUAUAAUCACAGUGAAUAGAAUUUUUAUACGAGGCCCGUGCCUUGCACGGGCACUAAUGCUAGUUAAUCAAAUAAUAUGAUAACGUCAGCUAACGUAGUUCUUCUUUUCAAGUCAUAUAUAUUUACUAAAUUUUUGAAAGAGUAAGUUGAAAAAAAAGGAACAAUAUGAACAAAAUAAUUGUAGAUUAUUUUUGUUGGAGGAAACUAAAAUAUAGUUAAUUCUAAAUUUUGUCGACACGGAAAAUAGUUCACGUAUUUGUUAUAAAAAAAAUAAUAAUUUAUAAAAUAAAAAUAAUAUAUUUUAAAUAUCAACUAUCAACUUAAGGGUUCAGACUCAAUACGAGGAAUGCUAGAUCUCUCAUAAAAUAUUUCAAAAUUUUUAAAAAGCAACGUGUCAAAUUGUUCUCAGCUGCUCCCUUGUAAAUGUAAUGACCCUUUAAAGGAAGAUCUCAAGAGGAUGACGUGUCAUCUCUCAAAUCUCUCCUUUCCAUGGUUCUAAAUUUUGGGCUCUUUAACAAUUUAAAAUUAAAUUAAAAUAUUUUAUAAGUUAAUAAUUGACCUUUUGUUUUCCUAACAUUCUAUAUCUAUAUAUUUAUAUAAAGUAAAAUCUCGGACGGAUCCCGCAGAUGGUGACAUGGUGCUCUAGACAAUCUCCAAUCUAUUUUCCCUGUUUUCCUAAGCCUCCAAGUUCUGUAUUUUGCUUUAUUUUGUUUUUGUAUUUUACUCUUUGUCUUCCUUGCUUAUUAAUUAUUUCCGUUACAGAAUUUUGGUUUACCAUUGCCAUGACCUUUUGCUUUCCAUGCCAUGAUAUAUAUAUAGUGUGAGCUAUUCACGAAAAAUUUGUGUCCCCUGCCAAAAAUUGAGGUUGUUCAGCUCGAUUUCAUUUUACAGAGGUGAUUCUCAAGCUCUUUCCUUUUUUAUUGCUUAUAUGUAUCUGUGCCGAGGAAGAUCUCAAGAGGAUGACGUGUCAUCUCUCAAAUCUCUCCUUUCCAUGGUUCUAAAUUUUGGGCUCUUUAACAAUUCAAAAUCAAAUUAAAAUAUUUUAUAAGUUAAUAAUUGACCUUUUGUUUUCCUAACUUUCUAUAUAUUUAUAUAAAGUAAAAUCUCGGACGGAUCCCGCAGAUGGUGACAUGGCGCUCUAGACAAUCUCCAAUCUAUUUUCCCUGUUUUCCUAAGCCUCCAAGUCUGUAUUUUGCUUUAUUUUGUUUUUGUAUUUUACUCUUUGUCUUCCUUGCUUAUUAAUUAUUUCCGUUACAGAAUUUUGGUUUACCAUUGCCAUGACCUUUUGCUUUCCAUGCCAUGAUAUAUAUAUAGUGUGAGCUAUUCACGAAAAAUUUGUGUCCCCUGCCAAAAAUUGAGGUUGUUCAGCUCGAUUUCAUUUUACAGAGGUGAUUCUCAAGCUCUUUCCUUUUUUAUUGCUUAUAUGUAUCUGUGCCGAGGAAGAUCUCAAGAGGAUGACGUGUCAUCUCUCAAAUCUCUCCUUUCCAUGGUUCUAAAUUUUGGGCUCUUUAACAAUUCAAAAUCAAAUUAAAAUAUUUUAUAAGUUAAUAAUUGACCUUUUGUUUUCCUAACUUUCUAUAUAUUUAUAUAAAGUAAAAUCUCGGACGGAUCCCACAGAUGGUGACAUGGCGCUCUAGACAAUCUCCAAUCUAUUUUCCCUGUUUUCCUAAGCCUCCAAGUCUGUAUUUUGCUUUAUUUUGUUUUUGUAUUUUACUCUUUGUCUUCCUUGCUUAUUAAUUAUUUCCGUUACAGAAUUUUGGUUUACCAUUGCCCAUGGCCUUUUGCUUUCCAUGCCAUGAUAUAUAUAUAGUCUGAGCUAUUCACGAAAAAUUUG